AUGACACAGACCACCAACAUACCACCAAGACACAGACCACCAACAUACCACCAAGACACAGAUCACAUACAUACCACGCCAAAGACCACCACGACACAGACCACCAACAUAGUACCACGACACAGACCACCAACAUACCACCACGACACAGACCACCAACAUACCACUUUUACACAGACCACCAACAUACCACCACGACACAGACCACCAACAUACCACUCCUACAUAGACCACCAACAUAUACCACAUACAGACCACCAACAUACAACCACGACACAGGCCACCAACAUACCACCACGACACAGACCACCAACAUACCACCACGACACAGACCACCAACAUACCACCAACAUACCACUCCUACACAGACCACCAACAUAUACCACAUACAGACCACCAACAUACCACCACGACACAGACCACCAACAUACCACCACGACACAGACCACCAACAUACCACCACGACACAGACCACCAACAUAG